UUGUUUGAGCUCUUGUUUGCCUCGCUUACCAUCAACUUUGCAAUCAAGCUGAUAUGGUCAUUUUAAACAGUGACCUGAAUAUUAGCACCAUGGACAGCACCACGCUCGACCCGACCACUGACGUUUUGCGUUACCCGCGAGCUCUGAAAGAUCUUCCGGAACUUAGCAGGACUAGUCACACAAUAGUGGCAGUUUGUCUUGGGAUCAUUUUUAUACUCGGUUUCUUGGGUAACUUCUGUGUACUUCUGGUUUUCGCUCGUUUCCACGUUCUUCGGACCCCAAUCAAUCUCAUUCUGCUUAAUAUCUGCAUCAGUGACAUGUUAGUAUGCAUUUUCGGCACUCCUUUCAGUUUUGCUGCUAGUAUCUACGGUAAAUGGCUCAUAGGACUUUCUGGCUGUAAAUGGUAUGGCUUUGCAAACGCACUUUUUGGGAUCGUUUCCCUCGUAUCCUUUGCCAUCUUGUCCUUGGAGCGCUAUUCAACCAUGCUCUGCUACACUACGGCAGAUGUUUCCGACUACCGGAAGGCCUGGCUGUCCAUAGCCGGCUGUUGGCUGUACUCCCUGGCGUGGACUCUGCCUCCUCUCCUUGGCUGGAGCAGCUACGGCCCCGAGGGCCCAGGCACCACCUGCUCUGUGCAGUGGCACCACCGUUCCCCCGGCAACGUGUCCUAUGUGACUUGCCUCUUCAUCUUCUGCCUGCUCCUGCCGCUCGUGCUCAUGAUCUACUGCUAUGGCAAGAUCCUGAUUGCCAUCCAUGGGACAGCCAGGAUCAAUCAAACCUCGGCCCAGCGUCGAGAGACCCAUGUUCUGCUCAUGGUGCUGUCCAUGGUCUCCUGUUACCUGCUCUGCUGGAUGCCCUAUGGUGUGGUGUCAUUGCUGGCCACGUUUGGCAGGGUCGGUGCGAUCGGCCCCACAGCAAGUAUCAUCCCCUCCUUACUUGCCAAGACCAGCACCGUGCUUAAUCCUAUCGUCUACGUGCUUUUUAAUAACCAGUUCUACAGGUGUUUCAUGGCGUUAGUGCCGUGUGUUCCGGGCAAUCAGAGCCACAACUACCUCCACACUCUCCAGAGCAGCCCAGCCCUGGCCGGCCACCCAAACAGCCUGCCUCUGAGCCCCUUGGGUGCCCUCUCCACUCCCCCCGACUCCCCAGCACGCCUGGAGGAAAGGCCCCACAUACCAGCCAAAGACCAGCUGCAGAGAGAUAAGGAGGCGCUGGUCCUGGUGGUGCACUACACCCCAUAAGCUGGGGAAAGCUUUGAGACGUUGUCUUGUCUUGUUGUAUUUAUGUAAAUUUGGGCGCAGUUAUAGGUCAUUGGUAUGAUAACAGAGCCCCAAAUGGGAAGACUAAUGGAAAAAAAACAGGGUGUUAAAGGGUUUCUUUUUCCAGACCGUGGUUGGGCUGGGAGCACAGUGGGGUUUGGAUUCAGAGAAGGAUGUAUCAGAAUCAGAAUAAGAAUCCUUUUUAAUGGCCAAGUAUAUUAUUUACACAUACAGGAAAUGAACUUGGUGUGGUUGGUGCAUAGGACAUAAAACACAUAACAUACC